AUGUCAUACUUCAGAAGAAACGAAGGAACAAUCGUGUUUGCGUUUGCGAGUUUCGCGUUCAUAGCGUUUUACUGCGUCAAUUACUUUAUCCGACGAUGCAGAGGCCGAACCGCCGGUUCCGCUUCUGGGGACACGAUGGAGGUUGAGCUGAGUCCGAGGAUGUCACCACGAGGGCUUGACGCUAAAGCCAUUGAGUCGUUUCCUUCAUUCGUUUACACGGAGGCUAAUGGUAUUCAGCCAGGAAAAGGAGAGCUCAAAUGCGUCGUGUGUUUAAACGAUUACGAAGACGAUGAAAUGCUACGUUUGGUAUCGCCUUGUGGACAUGUGUUUCAUGCUGACUGUGUUGACAUUUGGCUCUCUUAUCGCUCCACGUGUCCCAUUUGUCGUGCUGAUGUUGUUUCUUAA